UACUGCAGAGCACAUGUUUCAGAAUGAAACAUUUUAUUGUACUAUUACACGGUGUCUUUCGGCGGGGUCCUUUGUGAAGCUGUUUUUUUUGCGUUUUUUUAUGGGUGAAUUUCCAUUGCGGAAUCAGAGGAAAAUGUGUAAUCGGAAACAGACCUUCGUGAUAAUGUCGAUACUUGUGACGUUUGCCGUAAUCGUUCGUUUCAGCGUUAUUACCGAUGCUCGCGCUAUAAGAAAUGUCAACGGGGUCAGCUCUGGAGGUUGCGUUGAUCGUGAUCCGGCUUGUCCGAUGCUGGCACAGGCUGGGCAGUGUGUAACUCAUGCAAAUUACACUCUGGAAGCAUGCGAACUAAGUUGUCGAAAUUGCCAUUCUCCACAAGCCGGAGCGUGAUUUGAAAGUCCACGAUGUGCAGCUCUUCCCUGCAUUAAUACAUAGAUUUGCAGACUGUCAGAGAAAGCUUUUCAUAAUAUUCCAGUGGAUAAUGAGGAUGUUUUUUUUCUGGCAAAAGGGCUGGGUAGAGAGUAACAACGUGUCCUAAAGGAUUUUGUAUUAUGGUAUAUUUAUAUGCAUAUACACCCUUGUACAGAUAACUUUACUGCUACAUUUUCUUCCAGAUAUUACGGCGUAAUGCACCUCGAAUGUAAUUUACAUGCAGCGAACCAGAAUAACUGCCGUGAUCUGUCUCUGCUAAUAAAAUAUGUGUAUGUGCUAUAUUCUACAUAUGAAUACUGUACUGUACACAUAAAUUUAGUAAUUCAAAAUAAAAUUGCUAUUUACAUUUCCAUAAUUAC